AUGCCCGUGUCGGGUGCACGAGUCAAGGUUGCAUGCAAGCUGUGCAACUCACGGCGUGUGCGAUGCGACCGAACCGAAAGCACCGCGUGCUCCAACUGUCGCAGUGCCGGUCACCACUGCGAGCCCAUUCAAUCGAGACGCGGCAAACACCCAAAGCACAAAAAAGACCGCCCGAACGCAACCAGCAUCUCAAGGUCCCGCCCGUCGCAGACCAAUGAACGUAAUAGCCAUCAGCCGGCUGAUUCACUUCGCCAAAGUACUUCCUGUCGCAGUUCCCAGGCAGCUCCGGAUGCCUGGGACGGAGCUAGCAGUCCGGGAAGGACUCUCCAAAGAGAUCUCAACCACUCUAGUUUCAAUGGCUCCGGAGGAAAUGGUGAACAGAGUAGGCAGGAGAACGGCAGCAACCCAGUUGUGUAUAUGGGAGACUCUUCCAAUAUAAAUUAUUUCAUGGUCCAAGUCGGCAACCCGUUCCAAACCUCCAGCCGACCAUCUUCUCGUGGCCGUUUCUGGGGCGAAUGUCUGCAACGCUUCUUCUUUGAGAGACUGGAUCAACAAAGCAAGCAGCUAAUAGACCAGGCGUGGUCUGAUGACUGCGAGCAUCUCAGGGGCUUAGGCGCACUCCAGAUGCCGCAGAAAGAGACCAGCGAUUCAUUGCUCAAAACAUUUUUCCUCUACUCACAGCCUGUUUUUCCUAUCUUCGACCUGUUGGAUUUUUCAUCUCUUUAUGGAGCAGGCAGGGCGUCUCCACUGCUCUUAAAUGCCAUUUUUCUAGUGGCUGUCAUGCAUUGCCCGGAGUCCACUCUCGCUGCAGCAGGGUUCACCUCCAGAUAUAUUGCUUGCUUAACAUUUUAUCGGCGGGUAAAAGCUUUAUACGAUGCAAAUUACGAGUGUGACGCUAUUUCUACCAUUCAGGCAACUCUUCUCAUAUCGCACUGGUGGGGAAGUCCGCUGGAGCAGAAGGAUACAUGGCACUGGCUGGGAGUGGCAGCGGGGCUGGCUCAGUCUUUAGGAAUGCAUCAAUCAAAAUCUUAUUCGUCACUACAGCCAAGAUAUCGAAGACUAUGGCGGAGAAUAUGGUGGACGCUUUAUGUUCAAGAUAUUCAUAUGGCGACAGUCCUCAAUCGACCACCUCAUAUCAGCUCCUCCUUUCUCGAUGUAGGACCCUUAGAUGAGACAGACUUUUGUGACACAGAAGUCACCGGAACAGACAUCUUUCCAAAUUUAAGCCGUGAGAGUAGACUGUUUAUAAUCCAUUUUGCAGAGUUGAUUUCGAAAGUCAAUGUCUGUCUCACUGAAAAACUCAUGGCAUCUGGGAAUUCACCGCAUGGACAGCCCAUCGACGAGGACUGGCAUCUAACUUUACCACCAGAACUACGGGACCUGCCAUCACGGAUCUCGAUGGACCAUGGGUUCUGGGGCUCCAUCUUACAGAUUUCCCAUUGCAACUAUCAAAUUGUAUUUCGCCGUCAAACGUCAGAAAGUCCGGGUAGUACUGGUGUAGGGACAGUGCCAUUCAACGCAGCAGCCAAAACCACCCGACUAAUCGAGGACCUGCUCUCGUCUGGAACUCUCUACCUCGCGCCUAGACACAUCGUUUCUGGGAUCUUCGCCUCACUGGUUAUCCACAUUAUAAAUAUCCGCAAAGGGGAUGAUUAUAUAAAAAUGAUCUCCGAACAUUGGGCCAACUUGUCGAUGACUGUGCUGAGCAAAUUUGAAGAGCUAUGGCCGAUUGUGGUGUGGACUCGACGUCUUUUCGAAUGCAUCUUGAAACCGCCGUCCGCAGAGGCGACCAGCAACGCCGCAGGCAGUAACCUAGGUUACUACCAACAAACAAUUGAUGAAAGCAGGAUACCUCAGAUGCUCUCUCCGGAUUCAAUGGCCGAACACCACGUUGGUAGAACUAGGCAUGCUGCCCAGGAACGAGAUUUAGCCGAUGCAGCGAGCAGUGGGAUAGGUACCAGUUUCUUUCCUUGCCACCAGAACGAGGAUUUUUCAUCGCUUUUUACGUCGUUUCCAUUUGGAAGUCUUUUAGAGGAUGCAGGAUUCAGCCCUGUGACUGGCCUUGCCUAUUUGGACACCACGAUGGCCCAACCGCCGCCAGAUAUGUCCCAGCUACCAUGAUUGUGAGCAUCAAGAAAUAAGCGUAUCGCAAUUUGCUGGCACAUCUCCCUAGCCCUAAGCUAAACCACAGAGCUGCACUCGAAAGUGGAAACAUGACUCAUACAAUACAUUUGACUGUUGUAUAGAUGUCAUGAUGACAAUUAUAGUUAAAUAACAAAGUUUUAGCCCUCAAAUACCGCUUACUGCUCAAUGACACUCGCAGGAAUGUUAUGGGAUGACCGAAAUUUCAUGAGCGAUAGUUACGAGUAGAGAGCAAAGAAAGUAAGUACUGGAGUUUGCCAAGGGAAGUUGGCCAACUGCGUCCAUCAAUAUUGAAUAUCAAGUGAUCGAUGAUCCAGUUUCAGAUAUAUCUCCCAUAAAGAGAUGUAGACUCCUAGGCCCCAUCAUAGUCAUAAUAAAUAUUUCAUCAAAGAAAACUUAAGAACCGGAAACAGUUUCCCUAGUCCGGGUCAAAUCGUCGCUUGAAGGAUGAAGCUUGACUUUCUCAGAGUUAGCCCAGUCACUCUCGAGUCUGUGCUGUCGAGUAUCAAUACGCAGCGCCACUCCCAGUAUUGGUAGCUGCAGUUUCAUAAUGGGUUGUUGCGCGAAGGCGAUUAUAAUCGUGCUGGGUGAUUGGGAGAUAGCUCGCAGGCUUGUCCUCGCUCACACACGAAGGAAGGCAUUUGAUAACCGACGUAGGGUCUGGAGCAGUGAAGUAGGGAAUGGAGUAACGUCCACGAACCAUACGAUUGAACCCCUCGUAGCGGUCAGAGAGAGGUGGUAACGUAACCCGAUGAAAAGUUGAGCGGAGAUAAUCUUAAGAAAAGUUAGUGACACAUGACGACGGGAAAAAGAGAUCGAU